AUGACAUCGGCUUUGAUUGGAAGGAUAGUGCGGAAGUUAUACAAAUACACUGCGAAGUUAGAUAAUCUCAUCGGCCCUGGCAAGUACUUGGACAAUUCUGUAGAUAAGGUUUUGAUAUUGGGCGGCACUUCAAAUAUCUUUGGAGUGGAAGUGAUAAAGAUAUUGCUAUUUGAAGAGGGUAUAAAUGUAGUUAAUCUAGAUACUGUGGAUCAUAGAGAGCUAGUUUACGAGGAAAACGAGGAAAAUGCCUCUGUUGGGCAUGUAGAGAGUGAAACAGUUAGGCCGAAGGCGGCUAAAGAAGGAGAGUACCAUUUUAUUAAGUGUGAGAGCACUUGCGAUAAAAACCAUGUAUUAGAUGGGCUAAACAAAGUUUUAGAAGGGGAUUAUGGCAUUUCUGUGUUCAUCAACAAUGUGAACGAAGGGUUAUUUGAGUUUAUGCAAGGGGGUACAGAUCCUCCUUUGUCACACGCACCGCUAGACCUCAAAAGAAACUCAUUUAUCCUUGGUAACCAGGGGCAAUUCCAGGAUUUGUUGAAUUCUAACUUGAUAAACGUUAUGAUAUCCGUCAAGUUCUUCUUAAAUGAAAUCGUUCCCCAGACAAUGCGUCAACAUGGCGACCGUGAUCAGCCGCCAGGGUUCUACAUUAUCAAUACAACUAAUACUAUAUCUUUGCAUGCACCAGCUUUUGCAGGCUACUUUGCAGCUAGCAAAGCCGGUCUCAACCAAUUCCAUGAAAGUUUGACGUCAGAAUUGGGAUUCUAUAAUAAUGACUGCAGAAUAAAAACACUAUUAGCAUUUCUACCGUUUUACAGCACGCAUACAGUUAGCAACGUCCCUUGGGCCGAGUAUGCGGGGGUUUUUAUACGAGCAUUGAAAUUAGGUAGAAGUGGGGAGAUGACCUUGAACUUUGUUCCGGGCAGGUUCUCUGUGGCGAAGUUCACGGCGAUGAGCCACCGUACACGGUACUGGCGGGCAUAUGAACCUUACUGGUGGGAGAAGCUAUUGGUGGCUGUCUCACAUGGCUAUCCCCAUGUUACGAACUAUCUAAAGCCUCCAAGGAAUGUAACGAGCAUAGCUUCGCCUAGUUCACGUCACGUGAACUAA